GAGUACGAUGGAGGGGGAAGGCGGGAAGGAAGAGCUACGUUAGUGUUGAGGGAGUAACAGAGAAAACGAAAGAGACAGACAGAGAUAGAGAGAGAGAGAGAGAAAGAGAGAGAGAGAGAGAGAGAGAGAGAGAGAGAGAGAGAGAUAGAGGGAAAGAGAGAGAGGGAGACGAGCAGAUCAGGGUUCGUUGUGGAGUGGGGUCAGAUGGUACGUAGUACGUAGUCAGUGAGUAGGUAAGGGGUGAGAGUGGGUGGUUGGUGGAUCCCUAGUUAGCCAAGACACAUUGGCAAGCGAUCGUGCCAGCAUGGCAGUAGCCAACGUUAGUAUUCGCAAGGACUUUGAGCCGCAGUCGUCUUUCAUUUAUUAUCCGCGAUCGGCGUUAAAUUAGUGAACUAUAUAAUAUUUAUAUAUAUAUAUAUAUAUAUAAAUAAAUAUAUAUAUAUAUAAGAUCGGUGUAUUUGGUUAAAAUAAUGAAAAACCGAACUAAUGUGUUCUCGGUCAUGUAAAGAAAUAGAAAAUAAUUAUCUUCGUUUCGUGUGAUAUACAACGAACGGGAAGGAUUUUGUGUAUCACCGAAUAUACGCGAACAUCCUUCGUUAUCGAAUUUUUGGACGUGUUAAAGAAAUCUACAUUAUUGUGAUAAAACUCCUGACAAUAAGAUGAUAAAAAAGACUUUGUAAUUAUUGUGCGGACUGUCGUGGUGAUACAUUUGUUUUUUCUUCUUCUUUUUUAUCGAAAACAUCGUUCAAGUUCAUCCCUAAAACAUAUAUAUAUAUAUAUAUCGGUCUAUCACAUUUUUGAAGAAUCUAGUGAAUCAACCAACACGAAACUAUUGGAUUUCAAAUUCUAAUUAUUAGUGUAUAGAUUUGAAAGAUAUGUGAAACAUAAGUGUUGACGACGUUUUAUCAACGAUCGGGAUUGCUAUUUUAUACUUCUUUCUUUUCUUUUCUCUUUUUUUUUUUUUUUUUUUACCAUGAAGAUUAAUAAUCAUAUAUUCAACGAGAAAUAUUUCCCAUGGAAGAUAGUGCCGAUCGUACGACCCUAUAGACGAAAGUGUAAGGUAUGUGGGUGUCACGUGGGGUUGGAUGCACAUGGUUCUAAAUCUAUGAAUGAAAAUAUUUCGUAGGUUUCCUGCAGAAGCCCUUAGAGGAGACCGACAGGUCUUCCAAGCCAUAAAGGUACCUUCAUGUUCUCUCUUUCUCUCUCUCUCUUUCUCUCUCUUGGCCCAUAUAUAUAUAUAUAUAUAUAUGUAUAUGUAUAUAUAUAUAUGUAUAUAUAUAUGUAUAUGUAUAUACACGUGCAUUUUAUAUUUUCAAUCAUUCAUAAAAAAAAAGAAAAAAAAAAAGACAAGUAUUGCGACUUGAUUUAUAUCUGUUAUUACGAUUACGAAUUAUUAUAACUAUUAUCACUAAUAUUCCUAUCACUUUUGUAAUUGUUAUGAUUGUUUCUACUUGUUACUUAUUUGAAAUUAUUCUCACGAAUUUUAUCUUAUCGUACAAUCGAAAUUUUCUUUAUAUUGACACUCUCAAUUUGAUAAAUGUUUAAAGAAAAAAAAGAAGCAUAGAUAUAAUGUAUAUACACACACACACACACACAUACGUAUAUAUAUAUAUAGAUAAAUAGAUAGAUAGACAAACAGUAAUCUUUGUUUUUGAAUAUUUUAUUUCAAAAACGUUUCUUUGUCUUUUCUUGGUACGGGGAAGAAAUAUUAAAUGAUAUCAAAAUUCGAUUGAAAAGUAAUGAAUUAUAUAAAGAGAUGAAAAGAAUAUUCGCCAAUUACAAACUUUAAUCGAUAACAUAACAACAUAUCCCUCGAUACGAACGACUGAUCCUUUCAGUCUUUGAUCAAUUAUAAAAAGUAAAGAGAAAAAAAAAGAACAAAAAAUAAAAAAUGAAAAGAAUAUAAAAAACAAUUCGCUCCCUGACCCAGAAAAUGAAAGAAACGAAAAACUCGUAGUCGACAGAUUCAUUCUACCUUCAAUACCCUUUUCUUUUCUUGUCUUAACCAAUGAUAAAAAAAAAAACAAAAAAAAAUUAAUAAAUAAAUAAAUUUAUUCGUUCGUUAAUUAAUUAAUAUAUAAAUAAAUAAAUACGACAGGGGAUGAUGAUACGAUUCGAGGCUCACGUUUAAACGUUGGAGAAAUUGGUUGCAUUCACGGAGGUAUGUGUGGUUGCCAAGGUUACCGGAGGGGCUGGACCAGAUCUUUAUAGAGAGAGAGAGAGAGAAAGAGAGAUAGAUAGACAGAGAGAGAGAGAGAGAGAGAGAGAGAGAGAGAGAGAGAGAGAAGAGCGUUGGCGCUAUCGAGGAUUUCGAGGAGGGGCGGGCUACGGGGGUGUGUGCUUACUAGGGGAGGUUGCAGCCAGAAAUUUUAUAGAGAUGGAGUUUCUGCAGAAUCAUCACACGGUGAACACCUCCGAGUCGCCGUACACUCUCGGCACAGGAUCGGUGGGUACAAUCGAAGCAACCAUACCAUCUGGGCUUUGUACCGGUUCGUUGGGUGUUCUUACAAACGACGAUACCUUGACCGACAAUCAAAAUGAAGAAACGUUAAGUGCAUUGCAAGGUACAUUACGUUUGCAAGAUUUACAAGCCUCCACGGAGGAUAUUACGGGGCCAGAUCAAACUCAACAAAUUCAAACGAAUUCAGGCCAAGGCCAAGUGGUUGGUGGUGAAUUUGGUAGUGGUUUUUGGGUCGACGAUAUGGCAGGUUUUCCACCAUUGGAUUUGGAUCCAUUGCCUGGUUUGUUCAGUCCUUGUUCGGGUACAUACAAUUGGGGAUGUCCAAGGGGCGAUUGCGUACCAAGGACAAACAAUGGUAAUGGCGAGGGCGUCGCUGACGUAUUGUUAUCCUUGAAACAUGCCGUCGUACAUCCUGGAAGUCCUACAGGAGGAUAUUAUUCAACGGGUGGACCUACGACGCAUCACUAUACUCAAGAUUAUACUCAGAAUUUAGGACCACCCGUAGGCCCGCCACCAACUCAUUACGCGUCGGCACCAGCAAUGUCGGUCAACGUUUCGAUGAACAUGACGAUGAACAUGAACUUGCAUCCUGGGUACGAGCAAAGUUAUUCGUCGGCAUGGGGUGCAGAACCGUUGUUAAGUCCCGCCCCUCAAUACAAUCCAGUAGAAACACAGACGAGGGUAAAUCAGGCGUCGACGAAUGGCCUGAUAGGUGGUAGUACUGGUCACGCCCACGCUCAUCCCCAUCCGCACACUCACCCCCGUCUCCAAGGACCGAACGAGCACGCGCUCUGUGUUAAUGGUGGUGGAGGUGGACCAAACGUCGUUACCAACCCGGACGACAAUGGCAGGCCAAAUCUCUGCAGGAUAUGCGGAAAAUCUUAUGCCCGGCCUAGUACUCUUAAAACACAUCUUAGGACUCACUCUGGCGAGAAACCGUUCAGAUGUCAUGCGUGCUCGAAAGCCUUCAGCCAAGCUGCCAACUUGACCGCCCAUACGAGAACACAUUCAGGAGAGAAACCAUUCCGCUGUCCAGUUUGCGAUAGAAGAUUUUCACAAAGCAGUUCGGUGACGACACACAUGAGAACUCAUUCUGGUGAACGUCCUUACAGAUGUCGCCUUUGCAAGAAAGCAUUCUCCGACAGUUCGACGUUGACAAAACACUUACGAAUUCAUUCCGGUGAGAAACCAUAUCAGUGCAAGGUAUGUCUCCUAAGAUUUAGUCAAAGUGGCAAUCUCAACAGGCACAUGAGGGUUCAUACGGCGACCCUAACGUGACACAAUUCAACGAAGACAAUCGAUAGCAAUCAUUCGCUGCCACGAUAUUGUCGAAUACCGGUUAUUCGACAUGGAACUGGAACUAUUACUAUUACUACUACUACUACUACUACUACUACUUCUACUGCUGCUGCUGCUACUAUUAAUACUAAUACUACCACUAAUACUAAUAAUAACUUGACGACAAAAAUUUAGAAUAAUAAUCGAUAAAUAGAUCGAAAUACAAAACACCGAAGUGUGUGUUGUCUCUGUACAGCCGAUAAAUCUCUCUUCUCUCAUUCCUCCCGACUGCAACCGAAAUUUUAAAAAGAGAAAAAGAUAAUAGAAUAAAAUAAAAUAGUGUUUAAAAAAAAAAGAAACUAAAAAAGAAUCCUGAUAAAAUUCAGUUCUUUCGAAAUGUUUUUUCUACAGAAAAACAAAAAAAAAAGAAAGAAAGAAAAAAGCAACCUAAAGAUCGCAUCGAUCAAUCUUCCACGUCAGAGUCUUCGAAUAGGUAAUAUCGUAAAUCGAGAAAAAUAAAAUUAAUUAAUACGGUCGAAAUAACAAUAACAAAAUUAAAUCGAAUUAAGAAAAGAAAAGCAAAAUUAAAAAUUAAAUAUAAACGGUAUUCCAAUCAAAUUCAAUUCUAACGAAACUAAAUUUAAAAAUCAAUCAAAGAUCUCAUCGAUCGUUCACGUUCGAGCCUUCGGAUAGGGAAAAUAUAAAUCAAGCAAUGAAAUGAAAUGAAAUGAAAUGAAAUGA